ACCUGCGGCUCAGUCUUUUGUGUUGGCAAACCUAUGGUUACAGCUAGCCAGCCAUAAACACCAAAAAACAAGGACGCUGGGGGUCUCUAACAUGGGACUGCGCGAGUAAAGGCGUCCAAAACCUAUAGCGGGUUCCCGCUUGGCAUGUAACAUCGCCGGACGACAGGUUUUCCUCGCAGAGCAGCACCGAGGAACGCCGUAAUUAUUCCUCCGAGGGAUGAUUUGUCGUGGUUCUCUGCGGCCACUGACGCAUCUGGAUUUAGCAGAGCUCCGUGUUGCAGCCUCUCGCCAUCCGCAGGGAGUUCGACUGCGGCUAGCUAGCGGAGCUAGCUGUCAGGUUACCCCGAAAGGAUAAGCCGACCCAUGCGGUUGCUGGCCUUACGAUAGCCGUCGACCAUGUAAAUUAUUAUGCGACCAAAGAGACGGGAAUCGGCAGUGCCAGAGAUGGCCUCCCCUCUCCCUGUCUCCGUUGUCAUUCUGGUGGUCCUGCUGUCAGCCCAGUUAGCCAUGUGCCAGGCAGGGGACUGCAAGGGCCACAGGCAGGUGCUGAGGGGACCUCCAGGUUAUGUCACAGACGGACCCGGAAACUACUCUGUUAAUGGGAACUGCGAGUGGCUUAUCAAAGCUCCCAGCAGCAGUCAUCGAAUUGUGUUGAACUUCACCUUCAUGGAAACCGAGUGUACCUAUGACUACGUGUUUGUGUACGAUGGCGACUCCUACCAAAGCCCACUUCUUGCCAGCCUGAGUGGCAACUCGUUGCCUGAAUCCAUUGAAGCCAAGUCUGGCAAGAUGCUUAUUCACCUAUUCAGUGAUGCUAAUUACAACCUGUUGGGCUUCAAUGCAACAUACACCUUCUCUGUUUGCCCUGGAGCCUGUGGCGGUCACGGCCGUUGUGAUUCCUCCACAUCCAAGUGCCACUGUCACCAGGGUUGGGGAGGAGCAUCUUGUACGACUCCUCUGUGUUCCCAGGCUUGUUCCCUGAAUGGACAAUGCGACAAGAGAGGAGAACGCUGCCAGUGUAACCCGGGCUUCCUCGGCUACAGCUGUCAGCUUGGUCUCCGGAACGAUGACGGGGCAGGGCAGUGGUGGCGUGUAAGUGAGGGAAACCCCAACGCACCUCCGAGGACAGCUUCUGCUGGCGUGUACCUGUCCUCAACUGGAGCCAUGUACUUGUUUGGAGGAUUUGAUCUGAACAGAGCUCUUGGUGACUUAAUCAAGUACAAUUUCACAUCCAACCAAUGGGAAAGCAGGUCUUAUGGUCACUCCCCUGUGGCUCGCCACUCCCACACCGCUGUACAGUACAUGGGUAAUAUGGUUAUCUUCGGAGGAGAGCUAGCUAAUGGAUCCUUGGCCAGCGACGUCUGGAUGUACAGGCCUGUCCAGGAUGACUGGCAGCAGCUCGGCUUUUUCCACUCGCGCGGUGCACCCAAACUGGCCAAUCAUGCUGCAGCGGUGGUGGACAGCUAUCUCUAUGUCUUUGGAGGUCGCACUGAGGAGGAUAUGUUUUCCUCGACCCUCUACCGCUUCGGCUUGCACGGUUCAGGACGGUGGGAGACAGUUCAGCCCACUGGUGGGAAGCCCUCUGCCUCUGCUGGCCACUCCAUGGUGUUCCACAGCCCGUCCAGGACCCUGCUGGUCUAUGGAGGUCACAGGCCUACUACUGCCAGGUUUAGCGUGCGGGUGAACAACACGGACGUCUUCCACGUGGACAAGCGGUUCUGGACAUCCUUUCGUUCCCGUUUUCCAACGACCGGGCCCAGAGAGAGAGCUUUCCACACCGCCACUGUCAUCGGGAACUACAUGGUGGUCUUCGGUGGAAAUGUGCAUAACCAUUACCUGGAAGAGAAAUGCUACGACGAGGACAUUUUCUUCUAUCAUCUGGGAUGCCACCAGUGGGUGUCUUCUGGGGAGUCCAACGGUCAAGCUGUGAGGGGGCGGUAUUCGCAUGUCGCGGCAGUGAUGGAGGGACGUGUGCUGCUGGUUGCCGGCGGUUACAGUGGCGUUGCCCGUGGCGAUCUUGUGGCGUACAAAGUGCCGUUGUUUGUUAGCAGCGAUCAAGGCGACCGGGACGCUGUUUGUGCUGAGGCGCUUGAUGAAAGCAUGUGCCUGAAGAACCCAGAAUGCAGCUGGUGUGAAGGCCGCUGUCGAGAGUAUCAGCCCACCAACCCGUGUGGCAGCACUGGCUGCUUGGGCCUGGCCCGCUUCCUGUCAGACUGCCAGUCCUGCCUGGUCUUCAGCGGCACCCCGGAGUCCCUCGCGCGAGCCCCCGGUGAAUUCGGCUGGUGUGUCCAGAACGAGUCCUGCCUGCCAGUUUCAGACCGAAGUGCGUGCCGCGUGGACCAGAUCUCAGGGGCGUACGGAUGGUGGGGGGAGCGUACCCGUUUCCUAACCUCCCUCCACUCCUGUCGCACCGAGAACUAUGUCCCGGGACUGCACCUGCUCACCUUCCAGCACCCCCGCAACGACUCCCAGCCUGACAAGGUAUCCAUCCUCCGCAGCACCAACAUCAUUCUUAGCCCCACCACAGAAAUGGAUGUGGCCCUGCAGUUCAAGGGCUUCAUCCACCCUUUAUGGGGAGGGCCUCCACCCGCGCCUCCUCCCACAGAGACCAUCUUCGUAUGGGCUCGUAUCCAGAGGUUCCACUUUGAGGCUCGAAUGGCUUCAGGACCCAACUCCACCCAAAUGGAGGUGGUGGGUCGCUGGGCAGCCCAGCAGGAAAAGGAGCUGAAAGUGCUGGUCCGACCAGAUGGAAGCAGACUCUUCUCCAACCUGACCAGGGGGAACCAUUACCUCGUUCAAGCUGAAGGCUACCUUAACAACUCGGGCUCGGGACAAACGAGUGAAAUGGCCCUGAUCUGGAACAGAACAUUGGCACGAGGGAGUGAGAUCUCUUACUUCUUCCUGGAGCCCUACCGCUCGGGUUCCUGCUCGGGUUACAUGUCGUGUCUAGCCUGCCUGUCUGACCAGUCGUGUGGCUGGUGCCCGUCUCUGUCCCGCUGCCUGCUGCGAGACAGCCCAGACCCAGAAUACUGUCCUGAGAUAGACGUGGUUGACGAGAAAGGAGACGGACAGCGCCAUCUGCUGUUGGCACCGCAGCACUGCACUCUGUGUGAGGAGUACAGAGAUUGCUCUGCGUGCACUCAGGAUCCUUACUGUGAGUGGCAGAUAAACUCCAGCAAGAAAGGUGACUUUCAGUGCAGUCGGCGGGGAAGGUUGGAAGGAUCCAUCCGUGACCCAAAGGGGUGUCCUAAAGUCUGCAACCAGAGAAAGACGUGCAGCGAGUGCCUCUCCAACUCCAGUCAGUGUGCAUGGUGUGAAUCUGCCCAGGCUUGCUUCUAUUUUGCUGCCUAUCUCACAAAGUAUCCCUACGGAGAGUGCAGGGACUGGUAUGACAGUGUCCAUUCAGUUCCUCAGUGUAAGCAGUGUUCAGCUUUAAACACAUGUACAGAGUGCCUGAGAACAUUUCAGUGUGGCUGGUGUGGCGACUACAACAAUCCCACAAUUGGAAAGUGUUUGAGGGGAGACUGGGCAGGAAUGGAUGAUCCAUCUGUAUAUAACUGCAGUGUGGCCGUGGCAGAAGCUCGGGCUGCAAACCCGGAACCUCAGACCUCGGCCCCACCCAGACCUCUGGAAAUGGAGCUGGAGCUGGAGAUCUUCGAUGACGAGGAGAAAGAUGCGGUCUGGUCUUACCCCACAUGUCCUGACGUGGAGGAGUGCAGGCUAGGCCUCCACAACUGUCACCCUUUUGCCACUUGCAUCAACACCCCCACCUCGUACGAGUGCCACUGUGAGAGAGGAUACACGGGCGACGGCACGCUGCACUGCAACCAGACUUGUUACAAUGAGUGCCGUGAGGGCUCGUGUAGCGGCAGCCCACGGUUUGAGUGUGAAUGUUCCCUGGGCUGGACAUCUGACCCCGCCACGCUGGUUCUGAGUGGCGUCGAAUGUGACGUGGACUGUGGCUGCAACUUCCACUCCACCUGCAUCACCGCUCCUGGGAUCUGUGAUGAAUGCCAGGAUUGGACGACAGGACCUCACUGUGAGCACUGCCGUCCCGGUAGCUUCGGUUCCGCCCUGGCUGGAGGCGGCGGCUGUGUCCCUUGCGAGUGCAACGGACACGGCGACCCGCUCCAAGGUUACUGUCACAACCAGACCGGCCAGUGCUACUGCACUCACAACACUCAGGGACCGCACUGUGAGUCCUGCCUCCCUGGCUACUACGGAGACCCUAGAAACAACGGCACGUGUUACCGCCAGUGCCAGGGUCGCUCCGUCCUGCUCUCCCCCUCCUCCUCCACCUCAACUAUCCCCUUGUCGUCUUCCUUGGGAUGGCGGAGUGGCACAGAAGGGAAGGGAGGACUUUCUCACUGUCUUUGGGUCUUGUCUGUCACUGAGAAGCUUGGACCUUGCAAGCCCAAACAGCUCUGCCCCCCAGUAGCGCUCACCUUACACCCAGACUCUCACACUUACUGUAAAAGCUCUUAUGUUUAUGUAUUCGAUGGCCUCCCUCGCUUUCUGGCCAAUGGAGUCGUACAUUCUGAUCACAACCUUAUCGGAGCGUUUUGCGGCACAACAAGGACUCAGCCAAUCACGGUUGAGGCCACCUCAGGUGUGAUCUCAGUCUACUUUGAAGCCAACGUCUCUUCAAAUAAACCCCAAGGCUUCAAUGCGUCUUUCUGGGUGCGUCGGUGUCAGCAGAGCUCUGACGAGGAUGAAGAGGGCUCAGCUAUGUGUGCGGGCGGAGCCCAGUGCGAGAGGGGGCUGUGCAAGUGUCCUCAGGGAUAUGGGGGACCAUACUGUGACCGACCCAUGUGCCCCCAGGACUGUGGAGCAACAGAAGGAAGAGGAAAUUGCAAUAGGACUCUGGGAGUUUGCGUGUGCUCUGAAAGCUGGGCCGGCUCAGACUGCUCAGUCGUCCGGGACUCCAACAGCUUGAUUUGGGAGACUCUGCUAGACACACAGCUGACAAUGAAACAGGCUCAUAGGUUCCUCCAAAGGAUGGGUCACUCUCUGGUAUCUGGACCUCAGGGCAACCUUUGGAUGUAUGGAGGGCUUUCUCUCUCAGAUGGCAUUCUUGGAAACGUGUACAGAUAUUCUGUGUUGGAGUGUUGUUGGACCCAAAUGUUGACAAGUUCUCUGGACGAACAGGCAACGCCCAGCCCUCGCUACCACCAUGCCGCUGCACUGCUAAACACUUACGAGCUGGACUCUGGAAGCCACGAGGGGGGUCACAGCUUCAUGUUGGUGGUCGGGGGUGUCACUCAAAGUGGUGUUGCCAUGGAUACCUGGACUCUUAAUCUCAGCAGCUUGGUCUGGAGAGAGCACAAAAGCUCAGUGCUGCCCCCGGUGGCCGGUCACACUUUAACCGUCCGUCGAGACAUCUCAGUGCUUCUGAUUGGAGGUUACUCUCCGGAAAACGGCUUCAACCAUCACCUGCUGGAGUUCAGCCCUCAUACGGGGAACUGGACAAUCGUCCCUCACACUGGAACACCACCUACAGGUUUAUACGGCCACUCGGCAGUGUACCAUGAGCAAACCGACGCCAUCUAUGUGUUUGGAGGAUAUCGUUUUCAUGUGGAGACGGUGGAGCCAUCGGGCGAGCUCUAUAGUCUGUAUUACCCCAACCUUACCUGGUCUCUCCUGGUUCCUUCACAGGGUAAAAAGCCUCUGUCCCGUUUCUUCCAUGCUGCUGCUUUAAUCAAAGACACCAUGAUCGUCGUUGGUGGGAGAACAGAAGCAGAAGACUACAGUAACUCUGUGUCUCUGUACCAGAUCAACUGCAACACCUGGAUACAGCCUGUUUCAGCCGUAGGGGAUCCAGUCAAUCGCUCAGUGUCUCUUGCGAUGACGAGCUGGGAUGGCCGCCUUUUCCUGUCAGGUGGCUUUAAUGGCGUCACACUGGGUAGACUCCUGACUCUGACGGUGCCCUCUGACCCCUGCGCCCUCCUGCCGACACCAGAGGCCUGCAACGCCACCACAGGCAGCUGUGUGUGGUGUAGCGGUACCUGUGCGUCUUCUGAUGCUGCAGAGAGAAUGGGCUGCCUCUUUGGGCAUUCCACCUGCUCCCCGACUCCUCGUCAACCAGAUCAGUGCCGCAGACUUAAGACCUGCAGCGAAUGCCUUGCUCGGCACCCUAAAACCUUUUCCACUCCAUCUCAGCCUGCUUUACAGUGCAAGUGGUGCACAAACUGCCCAGAAGGGGCUUGUAUCAGCAGCUCUGUCAGCUGUACAUCAGAACAUGACUGUCGGAUCAACCAGAGAGAAAUUUUCCUGUCCAGCAACUGCACUGAGACCAGCUGCGAAGCUUCAGACUGCCCCAAGUGUACCGCUUCUGGAAAAUGCAUGUGGACUCGCCAGUUCAAGCGUACAGGUGAAACGAGGCGAAUCCUGAGCGUGAACCCCACUUACGACUGGACAUGUUUCAGCUACGCGCUGCUCAACGUCUCACCCAUGCAGGUGGAGUCGUCCCCCCCUCUCCCGUGUCCCGCUCCCUGUCACACUCUGCACAACUGCAGCCUCUGUCUGGGCUCCAGGGGCUCUGAUGGGGGCUGGCAGCACUGUGUGUGGAGUAUGGCUCUGCAGCAGUGCAUGAGUCCGUCUUUCGUGCCCCUUCGCUGUGAAGCGGGUCAGUGUGGCCGGCUUCUCUCUGGGGGAGACUCCUGCUCUCCAAAGUGCUCCCAGCUCACCCAGUGCUCCCAGUGCAUUGCCAGGCCUCAGUGCGGCUGGUGUGCUACCGGCGGAGGCAAUGGAGCUGGGCGCUGCUUACAAGGGGGAGUUGAUGGCGUGAGUGAGGGUGUUUGCCCUGUGAGAAACAGCAGCUGGUCCUUCCUGCAUUGUCCGGAGGAGGAUGAGUGUGCCAACGGCCAUCAUCACUGCAACAGCACUCAGGACUGCCAUGACUUACCUGAGGGUUACCACUGCACGUGCAAGCAGGGUUACAUACUUAACAGCGUUUCUGGUCAGUGUGAGCCGGUGUGUGCCCAGGGCUGCGUGAACGGCACCUGCGUGUCCCCGGGAGUUUGCCAGUGUCACUUUGGCUUUGUCGGGGAUAACUGCUCCUCUGAGUGCAAAUGCAACAAACACAGCAACUGCGCCAGCGUUGACAAACCCGAUGUUUGUCUGGAGUGCCGCAACAACACCAAAGGUAAGCACUGCGAGAAGUGCAAGCCUUUGUUUGUGGGCUCCGCCAUAGAUGGCGGCACCUGUCGUCCAUGUCGGGACUUUUGCAGGGGAAACGGCAUGGUGUGUCUGUCCCGGGAUGAAUAUAACAAGGCCAUCGAGAACCCUCGUCUCUUCCCUCUGGACCCCAUAGUUAUUCUGAGCUGGGUGUCUGAAGGUCCCACAGAAAAUACUGCAGUGUGUGUGAAUUGCCAAAACAACAGUGUUGGGGACAAGUGCGAGGGCUGCCGUCGUGGCUACUUCUUACUGAAUGGGAAAUGUGAAAAAUGUCAGUGUAACGGUCAUGCAGACACUUGUGAGCCUGAUGGCAGCGGCUGCCCCUGCCAAAACAACACAGAGACCUCCUCCUGCCUCAGCAGCCCUCAGAACGACCGAAAAGACUGCUACAGGCAACAAUGUGCCAAAUGCAAAGACUCCUUCAACGGCAACCCGGUGAACGGGCGUCAGUGCUACCGUCAGUUUAACGUGGACUCGGAGUUCUGCUUUGAUCCCACGUCCCAAACGAACUGCUUCCACGAUCCCACCAUUCGCAACCUGCCCAAGGGUCGCACCGUCUUCUUCGCCGCGCAGCCGAAGUUCACGAACGUGGACAUCCGGGUCACCAUCGACGUCACCUUUGGAGAAGUGGAGGUUUAUGUCUCCAACUCGCACGACACCUUCAUAGUGGAUGUGGACCGCCACACGGGGAUCCACACCAUUAAGAUAGAGGACGAGUCUGCGAGUCGCGGGACCGCUGCAGCAGCGGAAAAGGAUUCUCCUCCGUCCCCGAUGAAAGUGUUCGCCAACGCCUCGUCCAACGCGGGAGGUCCCGCGCUCGCCCACAAUCCCUUGCAGCUGCAAGCCAAACCGCCGGGGGCAGAGAGAGAAAUCCGAGUGGAGCGGGCUGAGGGACUCAUCUCCUACAUAACCGUAGGGAAGCCCCAGACGGUGCUGAUUGUCCGAGGAGUUCGGGACCGCGUGGUCAUCACCUUCCCGCACGAGGUGCACUCCCUGAAAUCCAGCCGCUUUUACAUCGCUCUCAGAGGCGUGGGACAGGGCGAGUCGCAGGGCCUGCUGUUCGUGCGGCAGGACCAGGCCCACAUAGACCUCUUCGUCUUCUUCUCUGUUUUCUUCUCCUGCUUUUUCCUCUUUCUGUCUGUCUGCGUGCUCUUGUGGAAGGUCAAGCAAUUCCUGGACUUCCGGCGGGAGCAGCGUCGCCACAUUCAGGAGAUGACCAAGAUGGCGUCCCGGCCGUUUGCCAAACUCACCAUAUACCUUGAGCCGGAGGAGCCUCAGCUCAUCUAUCUGCCGUCGGCCGGCGGAGGGGUGGGGGGCAGCACUGUAUCGAUCGCUCACGCCCGCACGGGCAAGCUGAGCGGAGUGGUCGUGGGCCAGAGGGGCAGAGCGGGACCGGUCUAUAAACACGACCAGGGCUCCGGACCCACAGCGCACCACCACCACCACCAUCAUCACCUCACCCUGAGUGGGGGAGGCAACAGCGGACAGCAUCUACCGCUGCACUACUUAAACACACAUCACUACGCCAGCACCACAGCAGGCACCCAGUCCUCUCAUCACCACCACCCAUCCACGUACUCUGGCUACCAGCAGUUCUGCCGCUCCGACCCGUUCCUCUCGCAGCUCAUGGGCUUCUCCUACUCCUCCUUCAAGGUGGGGCCCAUCACCCUGGAGCCCACGGAGGACGGCAUGGCCGGGGUGGCCACCGUCCUCUUCCAGCUGCCCGGCGGCGUCCUGGCACCAAACCGGGCCUGCUUGGGCUCGGCGCUGGUCACCCUGCGCCAGAAUCUGCAGGAAUACUGCGGCCACGGCAGCGGAGGCGGGCACCCGGGGGCGGGGGCGGGGCGCAAGGGUCUGCAUCAGCACCUGACCACAAUGGCUAUGUAGGAAGGCGAGCAACAGAUAGGAACGAAAAGGUAUAGACAGAUGUAAAAAGCCUGUAAAGUGCUUGGAAUAUUAUAAAUUUAAAUUUUUGAAAGUAUGCCAGCUGAAAGGCAAAGUCCAAAAGAACGUUACUGUGCACGCAGUAAAAUUAGCUUUUUGAACCCAAAUGUACAUACACUGUAUAAUGAAAUAAGUGUCUUAUAUUGUAUGAUGUACUGCUCUGUGAUAAUUCAGCGCCACACAUGACCAAGUCAGCUGUCUCUGCAAUGCACUACAAAUGGCUACGCUACAAAAUAAACGCGCCUGUGAUCCCUAAAGCGGUAGGACCACAUUAAAGGUGGACUUAAAUGGUAUUCACCAAACCAUGGUGUAUAAGCAAAAUGAGGAAAGAAAUGCACGCUUUGGAACCGACAUGUGCUUUAUACGUUACAAAGCUGACAAUCAGUGUUAAAUUGUAUUGCAAAGAAGAAACUUUAAUUGGUAAAACAUUAUGUGCAUAAUGGUAAUUGUCAGCCCAGUGCAGAAACAGUGUUGCUUGUGAGAUUGUUAUUUAUCAGUCGAUAUUAGUGAUUUCUAACUGUAACUCAAUAUGCGGCAGGCUUCUAAGCUACCCGUUUCUGUUAAACAAACACUUAGUAUUUUUUUUUUUUUUUUUUGCAUAUUCAGCCACAUUUUCUGUUACUUCGUCUUACCUGACUUCACUUUAUGCCUUUUCUGCGAGUCAGCAGGCUUACACUUGAAACUUUUCUGGUAAAUGUGUCUGGUGAAGAAAGUUAACGUCCUACAUUUCCUGUCUGGUUUUGUUCUUUUAAAGAAAUGACAAAAAAAAAAAGUUGUGGUUUUUGACACUAGUAUUCUGUAUUCUCUGGAGCUGCUCUAAAAUUAUUUAUCAAACACUACAGGACUAGUCGAAAAUAGAUGACAACAUAUUGUUGAAGCCUCUGUUUUGCUUUCAAGAUGUCAGUCUGUGACUGGUUACACAAAAUGAUUGUAAUCGUAAAGUAUGACUAGAGUUCAAAAUGUAUCAGGAAACGAGAUUUGAGAACUCUUGAGAAGGUCUGAGUGCAUUUUGAGACAGAAUCACUCAACUGUGUUGCGUUGGCUUUAGUAUUUCCUUUCCUUUCUGUUGCUCUCUUUGCACUGCAUGGAGCCAGCGACCUCCUGACCAACAUAAACCCAUUCUCCAGUGGCACACAUUGUUAAAAAAAAUAAAAAAUUAACUAACAGUGAUGCUGCUGGAUUCUUAUCAGAUUAAACAAAAAGUGUUUGUUUCUUUUUAUCAGUUGCAAAAUAAUGAAGCAAAACUAAAUCUCAAGCUGAGACUGUCUUUAUUUAUACCAGCCCGUCGCUAAUAAGCAUUUUUUUUAAUCUUGUAUCUUUGCGCAUGAAUUAUUAUUUUUUUUGUUGUUGUUUACAUGCUUUGUUUUUGUACAUAACCUCCGUUGUGUUUGUUCUUUUGUUUUCAAAGAAAGGGAACAGUAUUGUGAAAAACGACUGAGUAAAGAUUCAGUGUCCUGAGUCAGCUGAAAUAAAGUCUGUGGAACCUGC